AUGGCUUUCCAGGAGGAUGAGAACCACACUGCAGUGACAGAGUUCAUUUUACUGGGAUUAACUGAUGACUCAGUUCUUAGACUUGUCCUCUUCACCAUCAUCCUGUGCAUCUACCUGGUGACCAUGUCUGGAAACCUCACCACCAUCCUUCUCAUCAGAGUCUCUUCCCAGCUCCAUCACCCCAUGUACUUUUUUUUCAGCCACUUGGCCUCUACUGACAUAGGCAUUUCAUCUUCUGUCAUACCCAAUAUGCUUGUCAACUUCCUGGUGAAAGGAAGCACAAUCUCCUACCUUGGGUGUACCAUCCAGCUUGGCUCAGGUGCUUUUUAUGGAACAGUUGAAUGCUUCCUUCUGGCUACUGUGGCAAUUUGCAACCCACUGCUUUAUUCAACCAAAAUGUCCACACAGGUCUGUGUGCAGUUGCUUAUAGGAUCUUAUACUGGUGGCCUUCUUAAUGCUUCCUCCUUUAUUCUGUCCUUCUUUUCUCUUCUCUUCUGUGGACCAAAUAGAGUCAAUCACUUUUCCUGUGAUUUGGUCUUUCUAGAGAUCUCCUGUUCUGGUGGAAAUGUUCCCAUAGUUCCUGCUUCAUUUUGUUCUGCCUUUGUCAUUAUAGUCACAGUGUUUGUCAUUGCUGUCUCCUACACCUACAUCCUCAUCACCAUCCUGAAGAUGCGCUCCACUGAGGGCUGCCACAAGGCCUUCUCCACCUGCACCUCCCACCUCACUGCGGUCACUCUGUUCUAUGGAACUGUCACAUUCAUUUAUGUGAUGCCCAAGUCCAGCUACUCCACGGACCAGAACAAGGUGGUGUCUGUGUUCUACAUGGUGGUGAUCCCCAUGUUGAACCCACUCAUCUACAGCCUCAGGAACAAUGAGAUUAAGGGUGCUCUGAAGAGACAGAUUGGUAGGAAAAUAUUCUCUUAA